GGAGCCGGUCACAUGGCUCAGUGAGUAGGGACUUUAUCCCACAGGCUAUUUCAGUGAAGGAACAAUACAUGCGGAUUGUGACACAGGCUUAUCCCAACUUAACGGAUUGUUCUGCACCUUUAUCUGCCCAGCUGCUUCCUCCUGCAACACUGCCAGCUCACACGGGACGGACCCUACAUAUUCCCCAGGUGAGACAGAGAGGGGCAAAACAGAUAUUCCUCAGCACCACCAAUGAACUCUAUCUCCCCACCCUAAUGACCCUACAAAUGGCAUCCUCUGCCAAGUCCUUAUUUGGGGGUCCUACAAAGAGUAAGUCGUGCUUCAGCAAUGUGGGGUUCACCCAGGAACACAACCCCCGCAAGGAAGAGAGUCCAUUGUGGAACCUCAAGAGAAGACUGAGCUCAGAGGAGCAACAUGAAAGGAGACUCCAGGCCGACAUGGAGACAAGGGAUUCCCUAUACGCCCAGAGGAAGGCGGAGAGAGCGAUGAUGAGGGAACAGAUGCGGAGCAAAUAUCACCUGCCCAAGAGCGCCCAAGACCAACAGCAGAUGAAGGCUGCAGGGAGUCCCGUACAGUUGCCCAAGGAACUACGCAACAUGGCACUGCCAGGGGAGAGUCGCCCACACAAAUCCUCAUUGUGGGGGUUCCUGCACCCUCCCAGUCUUGCACCCCAGAGGAAAAGUGCUCAUCCCAAAAUGGCUUCCCUGGUGCCAGGAACAAACUGCCAGCUCAUGUGACUUGUCUGACUGUCACCCUUGGGGUCAAAUAGAGUCAAUGACACCCUGUUAGUGAGGCCCCCCCAAAUAGUAGAGUGUCAGCUCCAGGGGUGUCACAUGGCACAGAAUUCUGGGAAUUUCCCUAUGGAUAGUGCCAGCCUGUGCCUCAUGCCCCCAAGGGCCCCUCUCUAGAGCAUCAGAUACAAAACACUGGCACCCCCUACCCUGAAACCCAACCUACCCCCGGCUCAUUAGUUGCCCUGCCAGAUAUUUGCCUCCUACAGAUCAUGUGGCACAGUCAAUCCGGCACCGGCCUGGGGCACAGGAGUUGUACAACGUGUGUGGGGCCCAAGUGUGGCAUGCUGGGAAAAACAUGGCGGGACCAUAUGUUGUGAGACCUUCAGCCUCUGUAUGUGAAAUAAACUACUGCUUCUCUUCA